AUGAACCGGCGCGUCUCGCCCCGAGGAAGGCGGCAGCGGGCGCUAAGGUCGAUGCGGCGCGCGUGGCGGGCGUGCGCAGAGGAGCAGAGCGCGGGCCCGUGGGCGGGCGUGGUGGCGCUGGGCGCGGAGGCGCGCGGGCGCGCGGCGCGCGUCGAGGCCGCGUGCCGCUGCGUGGAGGCGGCGCUGCGCGACGUGACGCGCUGCUUCCGCGCGUACGGCGCCCUCGAGCACACGCUGCCCGACUUCGACGCGCUCUCCUCCGCCAGCUCUUCGGGCGCCGGCGCCGGCACCGGCGGCGGCGGCGGCCGACACCCCGGGGCGCGCCCGCGCGGCCUGCGCAAGCAGAAGAAGAGGGGCUCCGGGACGUCGGCGUCGGCGUCGCUGGCGUCGGUGACGUCGGUGACGUCGGAGGAGGACGGCGGCGCCGAGGCGGAGCGCGCGGAGCAGGCGGUGCUGAUAGUGGUGCGGCUGCUGCACCGCGCCAUCUCGCGCUGCUUCCCCAAGGGCGUCAAGGUGUCGCUGCGCGAAGCGCCUCCCGGGGCGGCCGCCUCCGCCUCCGCCGCCCAGUCCUCCUCCGCAGCCGCCGCCGCCUCCGCCGCCGAGGCGCGCAAGUACAAGCCGUCCAAGCGCCUGCUCCGCAAGAUGCUCAAGCCGCCGCCUGCAGCGCCGCCGCGCGCCGCCGCCGCCAAGAGCGGGGAGCGCGUGGUGCGGCUGGACGACCUGACGGAGCGCGUGCUCGUGGCGGAGAGGAGCCAGAGCGACGUGGACGGGCCCAAGGCGGAGGGGGCCGUGCGGGUGGUCAAGCGCCCGGCGACCGCCCACGCUAUGACGGGACGGCGCGAGGGCAAAGCGACGGCGGAGAAAAAUACCGUCACGUGGAACGCGCUGGCCGAGCAGGUCGACAUGAACGAGACCUGCCUGACGACCGCGCGCGCCAAGAUGGCGCCGGCGCGGGAUCGCGCCGAGCCUCCGCGACUCGCCGAGGCCGAGAGCAAAACGGGCGCGGACGCGGCCGUUCUCGACAAAUGCUUCCGCCAGCAGCCGUGUGCCGUGUGGAGCACUCUGGUGGAGGACGUCGACAUGCGCGAGGUGUACUCCAGGUUCAACGAGAUGGCGGCCGGAGGAAGCGACGUGCUGCUGCCGACGUGCGAAAUCGGUAUCCAGGCGGGAUUCGACGAGGAAGAGAAUACGAUGAGGAGGAAAAGGAGGCAGAAAUCCGACAUAAAAGUCAACGCGCACCUUCACCGCAUUCAAAGAAGUAAUAAAGCAGCCAAUCGGAAGUCUAGUGUCUCGAAAACGAAAAAUAAAACGAAAGGAAAACGUAAGGUCCGUCAACACGAGAAGAGCCCCAAGCUAUACGACAGCAAUAUUCCGGUUUGCAAGAAGAAAGCAGACUCUUCCCCUAAGAGAAAUAUUCAGCGGUCAACUGAGACGGUUAAAAGCGAUAAGAAGUACAACGUAAUUGCCGGGGAGGAUAUGGUUAAGAAGGUAGCUAAGGCAGUUGAACGUUGGCAAGUCAAAGUCGAAGAAUCUAACAAAGAAAAUCUCAACCCGAGUAAAGGUUUACAAGUAGAUGAACCAACAAUAGCCAAAAGCUACAUGCAUGACAAAGUUAAAGAUGCAGAGAUUCAAACAAUCUACGUGCCAACUGCUACACCUUGCAAGAAAACGAGAUUUGGCGACGAACAAGCGACUAAAAAGCAUAAACAUACGAAUAUAAAACUUGAAGAAAAUAUCUUGCUUUUAGAAGAAGAAAACGACUUCCGUAAAGUUCAGAACGAAAGAGAGAAAGCCACAACAAGGAAAGCGAAGCCAAGGGUUAUUGAUCGACCAACAAGUACCCGUGUGACAAAAGCGGUAACCAAAGCAAGUGCUGAAGACACUUCCGCGGAUGCUAUUAGGAAAAUUGCUGCCGAGUUUGCGCACUGGGCUGACUCUAAAAAUCGUCAAAAACGACCUGAAAUGCCUCUACAGGAAGAGGGUGAUGUUUGGGAAGACUUGCCGGAUGGAGAUGUACGGAAAAAGAAGGUGAAGUAUGCAGUGGCACCGGGGAAAGCAAAGCGAAAGCCGACCUAUAAUACAUCACAGGAAAUAAAGGCGAGUGAGGAAAAAUCAGAACUCAGAAAGACUUCCAAACGCGCCGAAUAUGAAGGUAAGCCGACAAAUACCGAUAGUUCAGAAAUGCCUUCGAAAGUUCGCAAAACCAAUGAAGUAGACGACAUAACCACAAUUUGGAAAGUCUACGAAAUGCCCACCUCUAGUAUAAGUGUCAUAGACUACAGUCCCAAACCUGCAACUAAUCUUCAGUCGCAAGGAGAGAGUGCUGGAAAAGACAUCAAGAGGGUAAAGAAAGGAGCUAAGAAUGAAGCUGUCGAAGCUCAUAAGAGGAGACAUGACGGAGGAGUUAAUAUUCCUAAAAACGUCAUAAAGGCUAAAAUUCCAGGGGAAACGUCCCAGGUUGAACACGAAAAUAAACAUGACGAAGCUGUAGAUGAGUCACGAAAUGUAGUUGAAAACUCCGAGGACAAUAAUGAAAAUAACAUUCCAUUGCUUCAAGCGAAGAAGAAAGACGUUGAUAAGACAUUUUCGUUUAAUGGAACUUCUUCGUCUUUGGAAAUAGAAGAACGUUUUCUGGGACUUGACGAUGGAAAAGCGGAUAUAUCUGAAGACUUUCCGAACGGCCGACCUGACAUACUGCACGAAGAAGUGCCAGUGGUGAGAAUAGAGUUUCCUCCCGAAGAAAUGGACACUAUAUGGAAGACCAUAUCUGACACUCCAAACACCGAAAUGAACAAUCAGUUGGUAGGGAAUGUGAAAAUGAAUUUGAUGGGGCAGACAACAAGUCAUUAUUGGCGAGAUGAAGCCAACGGCAUCGACACGAGUUUGUCUGAUGACUUAUCAGGUAAUCGUAGUCUUUAUACAGUUCCUACUUGGCAGAUUCUGACAGAAAAUAUCGAUUUGGACGACUUCACUCCGAGUGAAUUAGAAACCAGGGCGGAACUGGCCGCGUUGAUGGCAAAUAUUUGGCAAGUGCGUCCUGAGACGGCUCGAAAGGAGAAAGCAAGCAAACGGGUCGCUCAAAGCGAAUCCGCGCAAAAAGAUAUUCCAGAGGAAAUUCUCAAUUUGAAUAACUUAAGUGUCGACGAUGUAUCAAUAGACGACUACAAUGGCUCUUGGGAUGUAGCUUCCAAAACACCCUGUAACACGACAUCAGCUCCUCGCAUUUACGCAGCCGCCGAUAUUCCGGUGCCCGAGACCCCGUUCACCUGGAAAGCGCUUACGGAAGAUGUCGACCUCGGAGAAUUCUACCCGAAAAUGGCCGAAGCUAGAGCGGAAUUGGCGGAUUUAGUGGCAGAUAUUUGGCAAGUUCGAGCUGAAAUUUCGGAGAAAGAACUGAACCUAGUUAGCGUGAAGCUCGCAACCGAUGAAAAAACAAAGUCGAAGGAAGCCCAGAUUGCAAACGGCAACGAGGAACAAACGAGCCGCAUAAGUCAUGAAGUUGGUGAAAAAACCGAUGCCGAAAUGGCUGCAAUUCGCCGGGCAGAAGCACUGGCAGUCGGCAGAGAGCUCAUUGGCGCGAUAUUCGACAUGUCAACCAGAGAAUCUGGAGCUAACAUUGAAUGUCCUUCAGCUCCCAAGUUUCAGGCUCAGGAACGCAUGAAUCAAACAUUCGAAACAAUAGUCGAAAAGACGUCGGAAAAAUCAUUUGUCGAAACAUAUCAACAACAUAAUACGGAGAAUAUUGAAAAAAUUCCCUCCACCAUAACGACUCAGUACGAGAGAGACAAUGUUGCAAAUAUAGAUACAGAUGACAUAGAAAAGUACAUGAAAAAGCUGAAAUUAAGCAAGACGAUUGACAAACUUGCAGCUAGAAUGGCCACGACUUUGGGAGUACUAGCUGAGGAUGCCGAAAAAGAGGCGAAGGCCAUGGACGGAAACAAAAAAAAUUGGGAAAAAGUUGUAGGUGUAUCCCAACUGCAAGCGGAGCGGGCCAGGAAAACGGAGAGUAAAAUGAAACAAAAAUCUGCAGAAAACCAAGAUGCGGAUUUAUCCGCUGUGCUUCCAUUAUCUGCAGAAGCCGACACACUUCUCGGCGUUCCGCAGAGAAAACUAUUAGACACUUUAGCCAUUCUGGCUCUAGAUCAAAAUUCGCUUGACAGCACAGUGGUAAACGAAAUAAUAAAGAGAGGAUUAACAAACGACACCCCUUUCCACCAAAUAAAUACCGAGAUCGUACGUCAAAAUACCGACAACGUAGGAUUGACGAGAGGUAGGGAUAAUCGACCAGAAGAACAAAUCGAUUCAUCUAAGGGAGAAAUGAGACGGACAGCUUACUUGCAAGGAGAGUCUCGAAAACCCAACGCAGCCUCAAACAAGGAAAACAUUGACAUUGCGAUGGCUAUGCAAGUGAGAGACGCUAUUUUAGACGACGCCAUUAAAGAAUACACGCAAAAGGCGCAAAUGCAUGGAACGGAUCCCGCAAAAGAGAACGAAUCGCCGGCGAGCCACAAGAGCCAGCGGUUGAGCGCCCUCGGGAAGGACGACACAGCCUCCAGAGCGUCAAAGCAAGGCAAGAAAAAGGAGGCGGGGCGUGAGGUGUUGGAAGGGGAAUCGGUGGACGCGUGCGCGGUGUCGGCUGUGGUGAAGGCUAUGAAGCAGGCGCUGUGGCCGUCGCGCCCCUCCACGACGGAGCUCUCGUCGCAGGAGGUGGUGGACGCGAUGAAGCGCGCGGACGAGGUCAUCCGGCGCGCCAACGACAUCGAGCGCCAAGCUCACGACGUGAUUCGCGCGGCCACCGCGGGGCGCGUACGAGCCGUCGGACUACAAGGACGCGUUCGUCAGGCGGCGCCCCCGUGCGCCGCCGCCGCCCCCAGCACGCUCUCAGGCCGCCCGCGCCAAGCGCGCCUCACCGCCGCCGCCGACACCACCACCCGGCUGCGCGCCUGCUCGACCAGGGCUGGGCGAAGGGCCGGCUGGCCGAGGCGCGUCCACGUGGCCAACGCCGAAGCACCAGCCACAGCCCCGACACGCCCCCGGCGGCCGCCCGGCCCCGGCGCUCGCCUCGCGGCCUUGCGGCGAGGGUGCUGUGCGGCCCACCGCCACCGCCCCGCCAGGGUCAAAGCCCGCGGCGCUGGAGCCGUAGCGCGCCCCGCCCGGCCAACGGGCACGGGCCUCCCCCCGUCCGCGAGCCGCCCGCUCGCCACUCGCCUUCACCCUCCACGGCGCCUCGCCGCGCGCCUCGCCCUUCCCCGCACAGAAGAACACCCCAGAAAGAAGCGUCGCGGCGCCCCGUCGCCGACGCGCCAUCACCGCAACGCCGUCCCCGCGCCGCGCGCCGUCGCCGUCGCGAGUGCGCGGUCGGCGAACGCCUUCGCCGGCGCAGGCAACGCCCCGCGGCGGGGUGAGGGUCGGGACGUUGCGGUGAGGCAGCUGGAGGCCGCGCUGCUGACCGGCGCCGCCGUGGCGAGCCCGGAGCUCCUCCCGGCCGACGCCUUCCUCGUGGACGACGACGACGACGACGAGGAGGAGGAGGACGGCGGCGAGGGCGAGGGCGACGGCGACAGCGACAGCGACCGGCCCAGCGACGCCAGCGACACCUACAGCGACUCCGCGGACAACUCCUUGAGCGAGACCAGCGACACCCGCGCCUCCAGCAGCACCUCCUCGCAGGCGGGGGCGUGGGGCGCGGAGCCGGCGGCGCUGGAGGCCUUCCGGCAGCACCUGGAGCGCGACGGCGCGCGCCUCUCGCUGCGCCCGCUGCUCACCUGCCCGCACCUGCACGACGCGCGCAAGGCCUACCGCCCGCGCCACCGCGUCGCCGUCGCCGCGCUCGGCGUUAAAGACACCAGCUCAUAUGGCAACGAAAUUAAUGUCAGACGAGAUUAA